AUGGUCGACAAGAUGCGCUCCGCGGCGAAGCUGUUUUAUACAGCUGUCUUCGCCUUUUUGAGUCUGACAGAUGCUAGUCAUGCCUCACAAGAUCUGGACGCCACAAAAUGCGCUUUUGCUCCCUCGGCGAUGGUCUCAGAUGCCUGUGUCUCGUACGGAACAAUCAACAAACUCAACGACGAAGUCUACACCCUUCUCCAAAGUAUCACUACCGAAACCGAUUUCUUCUCAUAUUACCGAUUGAACCUGUUUAACAAAGAAUGUCCGUUUUGGAACGAUGCCAAUAGCAUGUGCGGCAACAUUGCAUGCUCUGUGAAUACUAUCGAGUCCGAAGAAGAUAUCCCGCUGAUCUGGCGCUCAGAAGAGCUGAGCAAGCUUGAGGGACCCAAAGCCAACCAUCCGCCACGAAAAGUACAAGAAACACGUCCGAAGGAGCGACCACUCCAGGGUAUGCUCGGCGAGGGCGUUGGCGAGAGUUGUGUACUUGAAUACGAUGACGAGUGCGACGAUCGAGACUACUGUGUUCCCGAGGACGAGGGUUCCGCGGGCAAAGGCGACUACGUGAGUCUGGUGGACAACCCUGAGCGGUUCACAGGAUACUCCGGAGAAAGCGCACAUCAAGUAUGGGACUCUAUAUACCGGGAAAAUUGUUUCAUGAAAACAAUGGAAGAGGAGUUGCAGGAACAGUCUCUCGACAUGCCACUAGGUGGACUCCAGGCUGUAUCUGACUUCCGAAAUGUGUUACAGAAAGAGUCCCAGCGUCUGGACGGCCUGCCGUUGGAUAACGAGUGUUUGGAGAAGCGGGUCUUCCAUCGUCUCAUCAGUGGCAUGCAUGCCUCUAUCUCCACCCAUCUUUGCUGGGAUUACUUGAACCAGACAACUGGAAAAUGGCAACCGAACAUGCAGUGCUACAAGGAGCGCUUGCAUGACCACCCCGAGCGUGUUUCAAACAUGUACUUCAACUAUGCGCUGGUAUCGCGUGCAGUGGCAAAACUCCGCAAGCACUUGCAGAGCUACACCUUCUGUACCAGCGAUCCUGUCCAAGACUUCGACACUAAGCAGCGAAUCAACCAGCUCGCCGAUGUUCUGGCACGCCCUCCUCGUAUCUUCGACGAAGAAGCCAUGUUCCAAGAUGCCAGCGCCCAUGGCUUAAAGGAAGACUUCCGUAACCGAUUCCGCAACGUUAGCCGACUAAUGGAUUGCGUGGGUUGUGACAAGUGCCGCCUGUGGGGAAAACUGCAGGUCAAUGGUUAUGGAACAGCAUUGAAGGUUCUCUUCGAGUACGACGAGACCAAGAAUGGCGAGAACCCACCUUUACGCCGGACAGAGCUCGUCGCCUUGAUCAACACACUCGGUCGCAUCUCUCACAGUCUGGCCGCCGCGCGCAGUUUCCACGAAGCCUAUGAAGCUGGCCAAGAGCACGCGUACCCCCUUCACAACUACGCCCCCUAUGUCGCUAAGCAUGCAGAGGUCGAAGCGGAUAAACAGAAUCCCAGGCGGCUUUUCCAUGACGGUGCUGGUAACUUAUACUAUGAAGACGGAUCCGCUCCAGGUGAUGAAUGGUACCAGGGCAGCCAAGAAUUUGAGGGCCGCAAGCCAUGGGAAUACCCUGCCCGGUCAGAAGAUGCGACCACAAUGGAUGAAAUAGCAACAGAAUGGAUGGUUAUUCGCGACACAGCCCUGUUUAUCCUCAAGAGUUGGAUUGGCGCUCCUAAAACGCUUUACUCGAUUUGCAAGUUUGAGGCUACGCGCCUUUGGCAUUUUUGGCUAGGUCUGCCUGUACCUCCUCGCCAGUGGGGAUUAAAACCUCCUGGUGCCGAUGAUCGCAUCGCGCAGUCUGUCCAUAAUCAAGAACUAUGA